AUGAACUCCAUCAUCCUUCGCUACGACUACGAAUCCGAGCUGCUCCAAGAUGUCAUCAGAGAGACCAGCCUGACACCGACAGACCUGGUAAUAUGUUCGUCCAAAAAAGACUUUUUAGGACAACUCGUCACCCAGCUUCACCAAGGACAAGUUCAGUCCGAAGUAGAGACACCAUCGCACCCAGAAGAGGCGAACACUCGGUCAGAGGAGCGCUGGUCCAAGCCUCGACACGUCCUCCUCUCACAGAUUCUGCACGUCCUCAGCGCAAGCCAACUCGUCAAUCUGAUCUUCUGUCCAAACAUUCCUAUCCUCCGAGGCUUUCUCUCGGGCUUCGUCUCAAGGCCUGCACUUCCUUCAACCAAACCUCCGGGUCCCAUCAUUGUCCUGAAUCUGCUGGCGAUGCACCACGGAACCUCCGAAUUCACCCUGCAAGGUCUCUCCCAGACACUCGCCACCGCGGUAUCGGCCGGUCACCGAACAAAUCGCAUGGUGAAGUUAGUGGAAUGCAAGGACAUCAAUGACCCUUUCAAUCCAAAUCGAGGUCCGAAUCUCUGGCAGACCGAAGUCCAACUCCUUAGUGCAGCCAUCAAGAUAGGAGAACCCGGUCAAAGCUGGGGACGGCGCACCAUAUCGGUCAUGAAAUUUGCAUCGAGAUGGUUCAGUGCCGAGGGACAGAAUGAACGGCACCGACAAGAGAAUGAUCCUGUCGACUGGCCCAGGAACAGCCCCGAGGAGGAAAUGAUAGUUUGA